AUGGCUGCCAUUGUUUCCCAAGUCCUGAGCCAGCUUGGCUCCAUCGUCACCGAAGAGCUCAAGCAACGUGGGAGGCUGGUCGUCGGGGCAGAGCAAGACGUGGAGAAGCUCACUUCUACUUUCACCGCCAUUGAAGCUCUGCUGUUGGAUGCAGAGGAGAGGCAGCUGAAGAGUGAGAGCAUCGAAAACUGGUUGAAGAAGCUCAGGGACGUGUCCUACGAGAUCGACGAUGUGCUGGACGAGUGGAGAACCCAGAUCCUCAAGCGUCGGCUCGAGGAAGACGACGGUGCUACGGCCGGAUACAAUUGCUUGGAGUUGAAGCUGCUUCAGAUCUCCGAUGUUCUGAAACAAGUAUGCCCUUUUCUCCCUACUUGUUGUUUCUCCACCGACGAAAUUGGUCUUCGUUAUGAUAUUGCAUCAAAGAUAAAAAGUUUGAAUGAAAGUCUAGAGGAUAUAGAUAAGGAGAAAAACAUGUACAAUUUUGCUCCCAGAGAGACGACUUCAUUCUCAAGUCUGCAGACUAGUCCCAAUAUCAAUUUCUCCGAGGUGAGAGGCAGAGAAGAAGAGUUGAAGGAAUUGCAGCACAAGUUGUUGGGUGAUGAUCAAAGUGAUCAUCCAGGUGUGAGAAGUAUGUCUAUCCAAGGUCCCGGUGGAUUUGGGAAGACCACAUUAGCCAAAAUGCUGUACAAUGAUGAGGAAGUGGGAGCUCACUUCAACAAGAGGAUAUGGAUAUGUGUGUCUGAUAAUUUUGAUCCAACGACAAUCGCCAAAGCCAUGCUUGAAUCUCUCAACCAAUCUACUUCAGGAAGUGCACUGCCAUACCUGUUGGAACAGAUCGACUUGCACACCAGGGAUAAGAAGUUUCUUCUAGUUCUCGAUGAUGUGUGGGAAGACCGUCGGAGCAGGUGGGAAGAAAUAAUAACUUCCGUUUCUCGGGGAUUACCUGGAAGCAGAAUCCUGGUGACUACAAGAAAAGAGGAGGUUUCCCUGGUGUUCCGUUGUAUCGAAGAGGAUAUCCUGCGCAUGAAAAAGAUAUCCGAUGAUGCAUGUCGAGCUAUUUUCACGCGAAUCGCAUUUUAUGGAUGGAGAGCCGAGGACACGGAACGAGUAGAAAACCUCUGUGGAAAAGUGGUGAGAAAAUGUUUCGGUUCACCUCUUGCGGCAAAAGUUCUGGGAGGGGUUCUACAUUCGAAAAGAACCCGGAGGGAUUGGAUUCGAAUUCUGGAAAGUAAAAUGUGGCAGAUGAAGGAAGGCAGAGAAGAAGUUCUCGCUCCUCUAGCUUUGAGUUACUAUGAUCUGUCCCCAGCGCUUAGGCAGUGCUUUCAGUUCUGUGGUGUAUUCCCCCAGGACUACCAAAUGGAAAAGGACAAGCUGAUCAGGUUGUGGAUGUCGCAGGGCUUUCUCAAACCAACAAUGAACCAAGACGCGGAGCAAGUCGGCGAAGAGUACUUUCAGACGUUCGUCAUGCGCUCGUUCUUUCAAGAUUCGAAAACCACGAAGCUGUGGGGCGGGGAAAAAACAUGCUGCAAGAUGCAUGAUUUGGUUCAUGAUUUUGCCAGGCUCACAACCAAGAACGAGUGUAUCAGCAUCCCGAAUAAUCAAGAUACAUAUAGUUCAUCACUGCCCUCGAUCAACCACGAGGUCCUCCGUCAUCUAAUGGUCGAAGGCUUGAGCGGUGAGAAAAUCAACGGACUCAUUGCCUCCAUCGGCGGUUCAUCACGUCUCUCUUCAUCAACAACGCGUAGCAACGAUCACUAUCUGCGCAGCUUCAUGGCGAGAAAUGGAGGUGCUAUUGAACCUGAUUUGUAUACACAUUUGAGAGGCGUGAGGUCGUUAGUCCUCUUCGAUUGUGGCCUGAGAGAAAUCUCAUCGACAAUCGGCCAACUAAUUCACCUGAGACAUCUGGAUCUGUCCCAUAACUACAAGUUGAAGGAGUUGCCGGAAGAAAUAUGCGAGCUGUGUAAUCUGGAGACUCUGCUCCUCAUUGGAAACAAGAGCUUGGAGAUGCUCCCCGGUGGAAUGGGGAAUAAGCUGGUGAAGUUGAAGCAUCUCGAAAACAACCAUGUCCCAGCGGUGCUGCCCAGAUCCAUAGUCAGGCUAGCUAAUUCCCUAACGAGAUUAUCCGAAUUCACCAUUGUAGUUUGCAAGGAUGGAGGUGGAGGUGGAGGUGGAGGUACUAAUGUUGGGGAUCUAGAGUGCAUGAACAAAAUUCGGGGACUCCUUACAAUAACAGGGUUAGGCAAGGUAACGAAUUGCGAGGAGGUGAAACGUGCAGAGCUCGUGAAAAAAAGAUAUAUAACUGGUUUAUGCCUGGACUUUGGAGGCGGUACUGAAGAAGAAGAAGAACAACAACAAGUGAUGGAAGCCAUAAGACCAUCGUCAAACUUGGAAGGACUAUGUGUAACGAAUUACAAGGGGGGAAGUUUGUUAUUCCCUAGCUGGUUAAUGUCACUCUGCAACCUAACAACCAUAACAUUCAAUGGGUGCGAUCGAGUGGAGCGUCUUCCCCCAUUGGGCGCCCUGCCUUCCCUCGAGGAGCUCUACUUGGGCGACAUGGAUAAAGUGAACAAGGUCGGCCUCGAGUUCUUGUUCGAGGCCGCGGCGAGUGCGAAACGUGACAUCAUCGCGUUCCCCAAGCUCACGCGGCUUGAGUUCACGAGAAUGGCUAGUUGGAGGGUGUGGGAAUUGGAAGAGAAGACGGCGGCGGCGGCGGUCAUGCCCCGACUGCGUCGGCUGGAGCUGGAAGACUGCGAGGAGCUGGAGAAGUUGGCGGAUGUGAUUCUGCGGAAACCGACCCUGGAGCGGCUGGUGAUAAACUACAGCGGCGGGCUGGGCGCGGGUUACAGGUUCGACCGCCUGGAUCCGAAAAUGGUGUCGCGCGCCGUGUGGGACAAAAUAUGUCACAUCCCCACCAUUCUCCUCGAUGAUACGGACAUCCGGACAACAUUCAAGAGCGAGAUAGAAUCCAUGUCGGGGAUCGGCAAACAUGGAGGAUGAGGAGGAAACAGCAGGAGAUGAUGACGAUGACGAUGACGACGACGAAACUGUGUAGGAUUUGAUUGCGGAGUGGCAACUGCAGUUAAAAGUGAGCAGAUCUGCAAUUCAUGAAGUGGCAGGGUUUCUGUGCAGUGUCUUUUUUUUUUUUUUUAUAAUGUUUGGCCUUCUGUUUAGGAGGAAGUAGCUUUUGGGUUCUUUAGAGGAGGAGACUACUUGGAUUGAAGUUGGGCCAUUAGUUUCUUUUGGGCCUGAUCCACCCUCAUGUUUUCUAUGGGGCUUUUGUUUAUAGCUUGUGCCGGGCUAUUAAUCUUGGCCCAAGGUAGGUUGGGAACUAAGGGGCCAGCGUAUGGGAUGUGAUGGAGGAGGUCUACAACCACCCAAUAAGACGACACGUGUAAUUGGCAAUGGCAACAAGUGAGUAAAGUAACUUCCUGUUCUCCA